UUGUGUUUUGCUUUUUUAAAAAAAAUUUUUUAAUGUUUUUAAUCAAUUUAUGAUUAAAGCCACUGUGUUUAAUUUAUCAUUAUCACCUUAUCAGUUAUAUACGAUUACGAAUCAUGAUAAAUAUUAUAUCGUAACUGUACAAUGCGAUCAUAUUAUGGUUUAGUGUAAAUAAAAAAGCCAGACAAUAACUUGCUGCAUAUUACCAAACACAUUAUAACUGAAAUCUGCUUCGGAGACGUGUAAAGGUUCAAUUUUUUCAACAAAUUUACAGUCGACUGCAGACGCUGCAUCCAUCAAUUCCGCCGUGUUUUCCUAGAGGCACACCCCUGACCCGGAAACUCUCUGAGCAUAAAGAAAAUCCGGCGUUUUCCCCACCACGACUUUGUUGUGCCGUUCAUGUGCGUUCAACUCGUAAAUGCGAUAUCUCCGACAUAAACUGAAGCACCAGAUGAACUAUAAACCCAUCAGCAGCUUGUUAAAUAGCUUGUUAAUUAGGAUCAGGUGUAUUAGCAAAUGGUGGGACUGGUAGUGCGCCAAAGAAAAAUGGUAAGUUGGACCCCCAUGAAAGCAUGGCUUAACACAUAUUCACUGAUGAUGUCUGCAUAUAGCAGGACACUGAACUGUUGCUGGUGUGCUUUUUUGGGUAAGACCCAAAGUAAAGAUGAUGAAACAAUAUGAAAGAGGGUGACCUUAUACCUUUCAACUUUUCACUAGAUUAAACAGUGAGCAGGUGAUUACAACAUGUCCACUGGUACGAGCUCAUACAAAGUUCAAAACGUAGAAAAGAAAAAAAAACCCUGCUGUAUUUAUCAUGUGUUUAAAAUAAAUCUUCACACCAGUGUGCUCUUGUACAAACAUGCCAGCGAGUUAUUUUUGGCAGGCACACAGCAGCUAGGCAAUACAGAGCAUGACCUUUGCCUGGACUGAAGUCAAGGUCAUGUACACAGACAGAAACAGGAGGGAGACAUAUUCGGUCAGCGUGAUUGGUCCUACGCUCAACUCCACACUCCCCAUGAAGAGUAUAAGAGCUGGUAAGAGCCACCAUUAACCACCUGAAGGCACACACGAGGAGUGAACGAGUGCCGAUCUCACAUCCACAUCUAAUACGCCUUCCAAUGGAGCCACGCACCAUGUUACCCAACUUCAGCACAUGGGUGUGUCUGUGCAUGUGGGUCUGCGGGGUGUCUUCCUCACCCGUGAUGCCACGGACUGAGGCAAAGGUAGAGCUAGUGCACGACGCGAAUGUGCUGAUGUAUGGGGUGCUGCAAUUCAGCGAGUCACUGCACCACGUGCACCAGAACACCGAGGCCAAGCUGGCGCGCAUCACCCGGGCCAUCACAGACACCGAGAGCCUUGUGCAUCGUCUGAGUCAGGACACCGAACAGAGCAUCCGCUCUGAGCGCCAGAUCAAAGACAGGCUCGGCGUCAUCCAGGCCGAGACGACUGCACUACAAGCCCAGGCUCAACAAACCAGAGGACUAGUCUACAAGGUGGAGCAAGGAGAUGCAGCGCUCAAGCAAAAACUGACCAAUCUGGAGGAAACCUUGAAAAGAUUCACCCCUGUCAGGAUCAGAGCACUGAAGGAGAUCAGCCAGAAGCACAGCACCCUUCUGCACAACCUGGUGAGCUGGACUGAGAUACAGAAACGGCAGCUAGAGCACCAGAACCAGCAGCUGGCGGAGUUACAGAGACGGACGAGCAGGAGCGCCUAAGCUUCCGUUCCACGGCACACGAGCGAUCGGAGCCUGCUAUUCUUUUCAGUACAUGAACGAUUCUCUCUCAAGCCUGGUUCCAGCACGUGUCGCGCUUGAAAAGCGAUCAACAGGAACUAUGGUCUUUACGAACACUCCCAAGGUGGAAACCAAAACACAUACCUUCAUACAUACAAGACGUGCUCUUUCAUGAACGAAAUCUGAGGAUGCCAUUGUGAUGUACUUAAUAUUCUAUAUUAUUAUUAUUAUCAUUUUUUAUACUUUAUAAUAAAAGCAACCUUAAAAUGUUUUCAAACAAAUGAUUCAGAUUGUGGUUUAUUGUUUUACUGGGGUCCAUCCCCAAGUUACCCUACACUGCACUGACAGCAAAAUACCAUCGCUUCUCAAUCACAGCAUAUUGCUUCUCAAAUCAGCCUUUUAAUUAUAGAGGCUACUUGAAAUAAAAAUAAGUGUAUGUUUGCCCAGGAGCAAGAAUGGUUGAUAGCUAGAACGACACAAGAUAAAAUACCAAUGCUAUAUUUUAGUGUAAAAUAGGCUUUACACUAUGAACGUAUUAAGCGAAUUACAGUGCAUGAACUGAGAAUACAGCACAAGCCUUGGAUGUGGGCGGGGCUUCACUGCGAUUUACUCUCGUCAGCCAGGGAGAUUCGGAUCAACAGCUCGAGUGUCCAGCUGAGGACGACGAUGACGGCAACACUUCGUCGUAUGAGACUACCCAAACCUCAAAUAUUAAUUACGAACUAAUACAUUGACUAAGUAAGCAAGCCAUUUUCAAAGAUACCGAGAACCGCACCCAGAACCUUCUCCACUGAAGUCUCUACUUCCUGGUCAGGGAGCUGUCGAUUCAAUACUUAACAUUAAAAAUUUUGUGGCACAAAUUUAAUUCCAUAGAGACUGAGGACCCCUGCAAUAUACCCAAAAAAAGAAUAGGGUGUGU